UUUCACAAAAUACCUUACGUACCACAACUUCCGGUACUUACGAAAACAUAUGCGAUGGCGUCGAGGGUUGAACAGUUAUACAAGGAAAAUGGCCGAACCGGCUCAGUAUUCUCUAUUUCAGGACCUAUUAUUAUUGCAGAGAAUAUGCGAGGCAGCUGUAUGUACGAACUUUGUCGGGUAGGGUACGACUCGUUAGUGGGGGAAAUCAUUAAAAUAGAGCACGAUAAAGUUACCAUACAGAUCUACGAGGAAACAAGUGGUGUAGCAGUUGGUGACCCUGUAACCGGCACAGGAGAGCCUCUGACUGUCGAACUUAGGCCUGGACUGAUGGGUACUAUUUACGACGGAACUCAAAGGCCUCUGGAGGCUAUUUCAUGCCUGACAAAAAGUAUUUAUAUCCCACGUGGGAUUGACGUUCCUGCACUCAACCGCGAAAAGACUUGGGACUUCAAGCCGGGAACAUUCAAAGUUGGGGAUCACAUCACCGGCGGUGAUAUCUGGGGAAAUUUAUUCGAGAAUAAUUUACUUGAUGACCAUAAGAUUAUGCUUCCUCCGCGUGCAAGGGGAAGAAUCACGCGAAUAGCGGAGGCGGGUAGCUACACGGUUAUCGAGAAGCUUUUGGCAAUCGAAUUCGAUGGCAACGAAGUCGAGUAUAGCAUGAUGCAUGUUUGGCCGGUACGCAUUCCUCGACCCGUCACGGAAAGUUUGUGCUGCAAUUCCCCUUUUUUCACCGGACAGAGAGUCCUCGAUGCUCUCUUCCCAUGCGCACAGGGCGGCACGGUAUGUAUCCCUGGUGCGUUCGGAAGCGGCAAGACAGUCAUCAGCCAAAGCAUUUCCAAAUUCUCAAACAGCGAUGUCAUUAUCUAUGUUGGAUGUGGUGAGCGUGGUAACGAAAUGACAGAGGUCUUGACGGAGUUUCCUCGGCUGUCCAUAAACAAGGAUGGAAAGAUGGAGUCUAUAAUGAGACGAACUUGCCUGGUAGCUAACACCUCCAACAUGCCUGUCGCCGCCCGCGAGGCUUCAAUAUAUACUGGUAUUACUAUCUCGGAGUAUUUCCGCGAUCAAGGCAAAAAUGUAACGCUAAUGGCGGAUUCUACCUCUCGGUGGGCGGAAGCUUUACGUGAGAUUUCUGGUCGCCUCGGGGAAAUGCCUGCAGACCAAGGGUUCCCUGCCUACCUAGGUUCCAAGCUGGCUUCAUUCUAUGAACGUGCAGGGCGAGCUCUGGCUAUCGGCAGUGCAAAAAGGACAGGUAGCAUCAGUAUUAUAGGUUCAGUAAGCCCUCCCGGUGGGGACUUCUCAGACCCCGUCACUAGCUGCACCCUUGGUAUUGUUCAGGUGUUUUGGGGUCUGGACAAAAAGCUCGCGCAGAGGAAACAUUUUCCUUCCAUCAACAUCUCCUUAUCUUACAGUAAAUACUCAGCAGUCUUAGAACCGCACUAUGAGAAGCACCACCCUGGGUUCCCACAGCUAAGGGACAAGAUGAAAAAGCUUCUAUCAAGCUCAAAAGCUUUGAAACAGCUCGUGCAACUGGUCGGCAAGGCUGCACUUAAUGACCACGACAAAAUUACACUUGAUGUGGCUUCAAUGGUUGAAGAAGACUUCCUACAGCAGAACGGCUAUAGUGAUUAUGACCAAUUUUGCCCUCUCUGGAAAACCGAGUAUAUGAUGAAGGCUUUUAUGCGUUUUCAUGAUGAGAGCCAAUGGAUCAUUUCUCAGGGCCAUAAAUGGGCAAAAGUCAAACAAUACACCGCCACUACCUGGACGGCACUUCGGAACAUGAAGUUUGAAAUACCUGAUGACGAAGCUACGGUGAUAACAAAGGUGAGAAAUUAG